GACGCACUGCGCCAAAAGCAACUCACCUGCUCUGCUAGAGAUAUGUCGCUCGGAUCUGUGAAAUUAAUGCUAUUCCUGGCGCUGAUACUGGCGGCCGCCUCUGCAGAGGGCGUGAUCAGGCCACUGCCGCCCUAUGUGGGACUGCCGACCCAGGAUGGUCUAACCCGGCUGUUCUUCAACUCUCGGGUGACGCGUCGCGAUCCCAGGACCUCGGUGUCCUGCUUUGCCGGCUACAUUGGCGAAUCGAAUCUAAUUGCGGAGCAGUACAGUGGAGCCUACACCGGAUGCCUGCACGAGGCGCAGAAUUCACGGCGCGGCAUCGACCGAGACUUUCUAGCUACGCGCCGGAGAAUCGAACAGUCGGCGGAAUCGGUUUGUGGUACCCUAAGAGUCUGCAGCAAGAUUAACGGCACCCUCGACUCCUUCAACUGUCAUGCCGCAGCGGGUUCGAACAACACCAUUUCGACGUACGGCAUCUCGGGCAAUGCCUCGGAGUCGGCCACGCUGCUGCAGGAACGCUAUCGCCUGAUCGAUCUUCAUCAUGAGCAAUGCAACCACAAGGCGGAGCGCACUUACGUCGAGUCAACGGCCAGCAACUACAACUACCUGCAGGCCUGCCUCGACGGGCGCAUCAAGCCGAAGCCAUUGCCCAGCAGCACCAGCUCCACCUCAACGACCACAACGACCACGACUACAACAGAGGCACCAACAACAACAACAACAACCACACCGGAGCCAACGACUACGGAAAGCCCAGCCAAUCUGGAGGAUCAGUUUAAGCAACUUUUAAACUUGUUGAACUAAGAAUCAAGAAUGCAUUCAGCGCACUGUUUAAAUUCUAGAUUCUGCUGUGAGUUCUUUAUUAAACAUUAAAUAUUAGACAUCAGAUAGUCGCCCAACUAAA